CCCCGCGAAGCGAGGCGGCGAGCGCGUGAGUGAGAGAGCGGACGGACUCGGGGUUGGGGGAGCCGCGCGCAGCCGCCAUUUUGUGAAGCACCAGCGCCAGCGGAGGGGCUGAACCAGCCGAGUUCGCACCGCUACCGCCGCACACCGGUAGCCAGAUGUCCACUGAAGCAAUGGCGACCGAGCACAUGAAUGGGAAUGGGAUAGAGGAGCCCAUGGAAACUUCCACUACCAGUCUUCGGUCUGAACACUACCAGACUUUAUUAACGGCUGGCUUGCCACGAAAGGUUGCAGACAAAUUAGAUGAAAUUUAUUUAGCAGGCUUGGUGUCCCAUAGUGAUUUAGAUGAGAGAGCGAUUGAUGCUUUGAGGGAGUUCAAUGAAGAAGGUGCAUUGUCAGUGCUGCAGCAGUUUAAGGAAAGUGAUCUUUCACAUGUUCAGAAUAAAAGUGCCUUUCUAUGUGGUGUAAUGAAGACCUACAGACAAAGAGAAAAGCAAGGAUCUAAGGUGACAGAUGCUAAUAAAGGUCCUGAUGAGACAAAAAUUAAGGCUCUCUUAGAAAGAACAGGUUAUACGCUUGAUGUUACCACAGGUCAGCGAAAAUAUGGUGGUCCCCCACCUGAUACAGUUCAUUCAGGUCCUCAACCGAACAUUGGUACUGAGAUAUUUGUAGGAAAAAUACCAAGAGAUCUCUUUGAAGAUGAACUUGUUCCCCUUUUUGAGAAAGCUGGGCCAAUUUGGGAUUUACGCUUGAUGAUGGAUCCACUAACUGGUUUGAAUCGGGGGUAUGCUUUCGUCACAUUUUGCUCCAAAGAUGCAGCACAGGAGGCAGUAAAAUUGUGCGAUAACCAUGAAAUUCGGCCUGGUAAACACAUUGGUGUUUGCAUUUCUGUGGCAAACAACAGACUUUUCGUGGGAUCCAUUCCAAAAAGCAAGACGAAAGAACAAAUUAUGGAUGAGUUCAGAAAGGUUACAGAGGGGCUCACAGAUGUGAUACUGUAUCACCAACCGGAUGAUAAGAAGAAGAAUAGGGGUUUCUGCUUCUUGGAGUUUGAAGAUCAUAAAUCUGCUGCCCAGGCCAGGCGCAGGCUUAUGAGUGGAAAAGUGAAGGUCUGGGGUAAUGUUGUCACAGUGGAAUGGGCAGACCCCAUUGAAGAUCCCGAUCCAGAGGUCAUGUCAAAGGUAAAAGUGCUGUUUGUUCGUAAUUUGGCCAGUACAGUAACAGAAGAAUUACUAGAAAAGACUUUCAGUCACUUUGGCAAACUGGAGCGGGUGAAGAAACUUAAAGAUUAUGCAUUCAUUCACUUUGAUGAAAGAGAUGGUGCAGUAAAGGCAAUGGAUGAAAUGAAUGGGAAAGAUCUAGAAGGGGAAAAUAUUGAAAUUGUUCUUGCUAAGCCACCAGACAAGAAGAAAAAAGAACGUCAGGCUCAGAGGCAAGCUGCUAGAUCUCAGCUGUAUGAGGAUUAUUAUUACUACCCUCCUCCCCGCAUGCCCCCUCCAGCACGAGGCAGAAAUCGUGGAGCCAGAGGAGGUUACAGUUACUCCUUAGAUUACUAUAGUUACGAAGAUUACUAUGAUUAUUAUGGCUACGAUUACCAUGAUUAUCGUGGAGGAUAUGAAGAUCCAUAUUAUGGUUAUGAUGAUUAUCAAACGACUGCUAGAGGACGAAGUGGCAGGAGUGGGAGAGGUGCUCCUCUUGUCAGAGGUCGUGGAGUUCCCCAACCACGUGGAAGAUCUGGAUUCACACAACGUGGUCAAAUGGCAGGGAGAGGUGCUCGUGGUGCAAGAGGGGGUCCCCAGACACAGCAGAGAGCCCGCGGGCAGGAAAACGAGGUCGAGGCCGGUCCUGACCUGUUUUGAUGAUGACUGACUUGCUGAAGUUACACUGGAAGCUGCUAAGAGGUGAUGGUAAGAUUCCAGAUGAUGACGCCAAAUGGAGACCAGGAACAGCCAAGGAAAAAAGCUUCAGAUGUCAAUGUAUAUGGACUGUAAUUUUUAAAUUUUGUAUAGCAAAUUUACCUUUUUUGUAAUAUACAGGGGUAGUGGUGGGUGAUAACCAUUGCUUUGUUGGAUGAUUUCAUAAUGGCUACGGUAUUCGUACAAAUACCAGACCUGCUCAGAAAACAUUGUGUCCAAGCCAUUGCGUUCACGUCCAGCUGAUUGUAGUUCUUGUGUUAUUCCUCAUCACUACCUCACACUGCAGUUCGAGAACUCAUUACUCCUGAAGAGGACUGCUUGCAGAUGGAAGUGUAAUUAAUCACCAAUAUUUCAGGUAGUUGAGCAUUCCAGAAGAAUGGUUCUUUUCUGAACCUAACUUUAAAAAAGGGGGUUGUUAACUUACCUCGGUAAACGAGGAUCAAACUACCCUUUGUGUACUGUAUAUAUAGAGAACUGUAAACAAGAGCAAGAUUUGUUUUGCUGUAUCUGCCACAAAGAGAACCUUUUAUUGCCUGCUUAGUUUUAUUCAGUACCCUUUUUAGUUCAGGCUAAAUUAGUGUAUUGAGAAUUGUAGUGGUACCCUAUCUUUAUUACAAAUGACCAUAACAAACCUUGCUCUUGUCUCUAUUAAACUGAAAUUGCUGUUGCUUUUUCAGAUACUAUAGUUAACCUUAGGUUGUAUUAUAGUUGAAGGAGCUGUUACUUUUGUAAGUACUGAGAUGUUGGAAAUUGAAAAUUCAAUGACAGCAAACUGUAAUGUUUAAAUUACAAUAUCCCUUUAAAUAGUUUUGUAUGGGUUAGUUUUACCAAUGUAUGGAAUUGCACAUAUCUUUGUGUUCUAAUGAAGUUAAUACUUUGUUAGUUUGGAUUUGAUGUGUGUACUGUACUCUGUAGUAAGCACACUUUUUCAUAAGUUGCCCCCAUGACUCAGUGGCAAGUUUCUUUUGUAAAUACCUUUCACAAAUGUCCAACCUUUUGACCUAGAAUUUUUUCCAAUUUGUUUCCUGGUUCCAAAAGUGAUACAGUGAGCCCCAUAACCAUAACUACCAGGUUUAGAAAGGAUAGGAUGCUGAUUUGUACAACUACAGAGAUUAGAUGCACAACAUUUUUAUUACCUCUUAAGGUUAUCUUAAGAUAUUUGCUCUUGGUAUAUUAGGAUGGUUGAAUGACUUAAGAUACUUUAAGUAACAUGGUAUAAUGCUUUAGUGGUUCUUUGAACUUAAGUAAUAGAGUAGGCUUAUAUUUGUUGAGAAUUCUUAAUUCAUAUAAAUUGACCCUUGAGCAACUUAUAAUAUGCAUUUUAGUACCAUAGGAUAGUUUAAAAUGAGAUGUAUUUUGGUUAAACUUAGAACUGAAAGAGUGGUUGUGGUUUAACUAAGAAUUAUCCUAGCACUAUGGUGCCUUGUUUUGGUUUUGAACAGCUUGUUCAAUAGGUUAUAAUAUUCCUCACUAUAGGUCAUUACAAUGGCCAAGUUUAUCUAAGUAAUUUUAUGUUUAGUCUUUGUGCUAAUUUCAUUUGGGUUACAUUGUAUAAAAAAAGGAUUAGCAAGGCUGGUCUAGCAUUAGAAAGUGCACAUAGUUUCAUGGUUAAUAAACCUGUCUGCCUUCACUGAGAUUUGUGAAUGUUUGUCAUGCUAGAGGAUGUGCGUAACUGCCUUGAGUGAUUCAGAACUUCAAGGGAGUUGGAGACUAGAGAGUUGGUGCAGAUAUUUAAGAAAAAAAUCCUUGCAGAAAUAACUACCUAGAUGUUGAGGCAUCGGAUUUUAAAUUAACAUGACUGUAUUUGCAUCAGUCCUACCGUGCCUAUAAAAAUCAGACUUCAGGUUAUUUUAUACUGAUGUAUUUUAUCCAGUAUUCUUGACAAUAUUGCAUUCUGUUGGGAUCCAAUGCUGCAUUUCUUGUAAAUUGUUGCUAUAAUCAUGUUUCACUGUUGUAGUUUAUAUAUUUAACAAAUGACAUUGUAGGCUUAAUGUCAGUGGCAUUGCAUUUGUAAAAGAUGUGAGGGCAGGUCAGUACCUACACCAUGGUGUUCUAUCUUGCACUGACCAGGUUUGUGGAAACUUGUAAGUGGAUCAAGACCAUGUAGAUAGAUGGAUGGGACCAAGAAAAUUGAGCAAAAGUUCAGGUAAAAAUAAGAACAGAAGGGUGAGAUAUGUGAAAGACUUUAUAAAUUUUGGGAUUCAAAUGUGUUUGAUUAAAAGGGAUAUUGUAGUUUUAAGUUUACCCCAAAGUUUGCAACUAAAUGAAAGGUUAAUAUCUGGAUGUGAAUUGGUAAAUCUUGGCAAAAACUACCUGAUCAAUUAUUGCCUUCAUCUACCUAUGGAAACUGGAGAUGUUACUUGUCCUGAAAGGACCUUGCUGCUAAGUACAGCAAGAUUUCAUUGGCAUUGAUCAUCAUCGCUUCAUUCCUGCAGAUAAACAUUGUUUUAUACUGUAAGCUGGAGGUGAGUGUAACUUAUUUUUGUAAUAAAGAUUUUGAU